AUGGACGUCUCGCCGUCCACGUGUCGUCCUCGACGUCUUGGCCAGAAGGAAUCGUAUUAUAAUGGUUCAUUUUAUUUUUUCACCCUCUCGUGUGUGGAAGCCGAUUCCGUGUCGACGCGAGGUCCUAUGCCGGCCAGGACGUCCCGAAAGCUGUUCGCCACGGCCGUCGACGACGUCUUCGGGUCUCACUUCCUGCACACCGAGCGCAGCCUCGACGUUGGGCGGCCGACUCGGUCAGCGUCGAUGCCAGUGCCAUCUGUCGGUGGGCCUGCUUGCGAUCCAGUCGACGACGAUGAGACCUACCAGGAAUGCCCAACUUCUGGGUAG